AUGUUCUGUCGCCGUAUGCAGACAGCCCAGUCUCCUUCGCAAGACUUUCGUCCACUGGUCGGCUAUAUCGACUACAUGCAAAUUAAUUCGUCUCGUAGGAAGAGGCUUACACCUCACCCACAUCCGGACAAAGACAGAACUAAUGAUGUCUGUCAACGCAUUUCUGAUAUCAGAGUAGCGCGAGCCACCCCUCAGGAAUGGACCGAGGACCCAUAUUUGCUAUGUAUCUUGAUAUCUAUUGCGCAAUUUCAAAAAAUUACCAAGGAAGGCUCACAGCCGGCAAGUCAAAAGGCACGCCUUCUUGUGACGAAUGGGCAGGAUAAGGAAUUCAUACACCUUUAUGAGGGCCAUUUUACAACAGAAUUUCUCAAGAUGCUUGAUGAACCAAUGGCUGCUCGAGCUCCUACUAACGCCCCUACGAUAAAUCGGAGAAAGAUCCCGUACAGACCUUUCGAAACCUUUGUGGAACGUAUUCAGCCCAAGGCAUAG